AUGACAACAAACGAUUCAGAAAAUCUUAUUCCAUCAACUCUUUUUACUCGGAUUCUUCUCCAAUCAGGCCGAUAUCCAUCAUCAAACACACAACAACCAAAACUUCAGUCUGAUACUGAAAAAUUACUUAUUAAUUUCGCAUCAUUAUUUGCUCAAGAACUUGUUUCAAAAUCAUCUUCUGUUGCACAAACACGAAUAGGAACAUCAUCAUCAUCAUCAUCAACUACUAUCAAUAUAAAUGAUGUUAAUUUUGUUUUAAAACAUCAAUGGCCUCUUUAUGAUAGUUCAUCUUAUAAUCAAAUAUCUGAAAAUAAAAUCAAUUAG